AUGGAAGUUAAGUUGGAUGAAGACGUAGAUGAUGGAUCGGAGGUGGAUAUGAGUAGUGCAGUAGAUGAGUUAUGGAAAAGGUUUAAGUCACUGGAUGUUGUUGGGAAAAGGGCAUUAAAAAGUAGGGUUUUUGAACUUGCCUUCCCUACAAUGACUUCUAUGAGUCCACCACCUGAGAAAAUAAAAACUAAAGGGGGAGUCAAGAAGAAAGAAAAAAAACCAGUAGGAUAUGAUAUUUAUAGAGACCCUUCGUAUCACGAGUAUGUUGAUCAAGCAUCUCAAUCUUCACAGAUGCAAUCUCAACCAUCACAAACUUCGAAGAAAUUGAAAUUAUCACUGUCUUCACAAAAGAAAUCUCAACCAUCACAGGCUUCGAAGAAGUUGAAAUUAUCACAAUUUUCACAGUCAUCUAAGCAGUUCAUCCUUCAAUUUCCUAAUCACAUCAGGUCAUAUAUUGAUGAUGUAGUUAACGUUGUAUCAGAUGGUAAUUGUGGAUUUCGAGUCAUUGCUUCAUUGCAUGGAUAUGGUGAAGAUGGUUGGCCAGUGGUUCGUCGAGACUUGGGGUUGGAAAUAAUACAUAAUGAAAGAUCAAGUUUGUAUGCCAAUUUAUUUACUGAUCAGUUAGCAGUAGUGAGAGAAUCUUUGAUGAUAGAGGAAUUUGGUCCUCAACCACCACAUAAAUGGUUAACUCUACCAGAUAUGGGUUACGUGAUAUCAAAUCGUUAUAAUGUUGUACUUGUCUGUUUAGGAAUUGAAUGCUGGACUUUCUUCCUUAUGGCAACUUCAUUUUCACCGAAUGUAGCAAUUUACUGCAUUGGUUUUGUAAACAAAAAUCAUUGGGUUCAGGUAAACAUGAAAGAAGGGUUUCCAUUGCCACCAGUGACAGUAGAUUGGAAGAAGUUUCGUUCUCCAGCAGCAACAUCUUGGAUGAUAGGAUUUGCAGGACGUCUACAACAUUGGCAACAACUUACGCCUAUAUUACCAACGCAUUAUGAAUUAUAA